AUGUCAGCAACAGUGAGGAUAAUUAUUGAUGAAUCACAAGGAUUAAUUGAACGAGUUAGUCCAUCAGCAACUCAUCAAGAUUUAUUUAAACAUGAAAAUGAAUCAGUAGAUUUAUUAUUAAAAGAAAUGAAUUUAGAUCCAAAUUUAAUAGCAACUGAUGAUACAUCUUCUAUAUUCAAUUCACCAACUAAACCUUUGAAUUUCCCCAGAGUUAAUUCAAAACCAAUACUUUCUACUAAAGAGAACUCCAGUUCUGAUACUUAUGCCAGUGAUGAUGAACAACAACAACAGCAACAAGCAAAUCAAGAUCAAUGCAAGAAUUCGUUUGAUCGAAAUUUCGAUUUUGAUCAUUCAAUCGAGGUUCAGAAAACAAUUGCUAAUAAUGAUAGUGAUGAAUUUUUAUUUCAUACCCCAAAAACUUCAACGGUUAAUUUAUUAGAAAAGACUAAAAGUAAUAACAGUUCUCAUGAUAUUUAUAGUCAAUCUCCAAGUAAAUCCAUUAUGAAAAAGUCAAAUAGUCAAUCACCUUCAAAAUCGGUUGCAUUUAUGAAUUCUUCACCUCAAAUACAUCAAUAUACUGAUGAUUCUGAAACUUCAAACAUUGAUCAGGAAGUACAACAGCAGGAACCAAUUAAUAAUGAAUGGAACCAAGUUGAACAACAAGAAGGCGAAAGUAGUGACAAUUCAAUCCCACCUACACCCCCACCACAUAAAUCUAAUACAUAUGCCGAAUUACUUAAUGAUCAACAAGUCAAUGAUAAAUUAACUCAAAUUCCUGAUUUGAAAUUAAAACAAAAUGAUUUUAAUAAAUUAUCCCUUGAUGAAAAAUUAGAUUUAUAUCUUUCAAAGCAAGAUACCAGUAUCAAUAGUGAUGUCGAAUCUAAAGCAUACAAUUCAGAUAUGGACAAUCAUUUAAAUCAAUUGGAAGAAGCUGCUAAAUUUAAAACUAAUGACAAUAUAGCUGAUUUAUCCUUGUCCAUACAAAUCCCACAAUCUGAUAAUAUUGAAAAUCCAUUAGAUUCAUUAGCUCAAGUUAAAUUACUUUCUCAUUCAGGUUCAUCACAAUCUUCAUUACAAUCCUUAAGAGAUGAUAAUCGAAAACUAGAAUCUACCCGAGAGCAACCAACCAGCAAUGCCGGACUUGCAUUAAAUGACGGAAUAAAAGGGUUAUCAGAUGAUCUUGUUGAAUCACUACUCCCAGUGCCACAUCCAACUGAAGUCAUAACUAACUCUCCAUCAUUUGGAAUCUCAGAACAGGAUGAUGAUUCGUCAUUUGAUAAAUCAUACAAUCAUACUGAACAAUCAAUUAUGGAUUUAUUGAAUACUGGAGGAUCAUCUUGUCGUAGUUUGGCUAAUGAUGGAAUUGAAGUUGAAGAACCUAUUGAAACUGAUUUACAAGAAUCUGAGAACAUUUCAGAAACUACUGAAAAGGUAGAAGGUCCGGUUCAAAUUAAGCAAGAGGAAGAAGAAACUAUACCAAUUCAAGUCAAACAAGAAAUGGAACCUAUGGUCAAACAAGAACCUACCGAUAUUGAAAUCAAACAAGAAUCCAGAGCUCAUGUAUCAGAAUUUAAUGGACUUACCCCACAACAAGAAAUAGAACAAAUCUUGGCACAAAAGAAGUCCCAACAAGUUGAAGAAUCAGACGAGUCAACGAUAUCACAAGAAUCUACCAAGAUGUCAAUUAGAUUCCAUAUGGACAGUGAUUGGAAAUUAGAAGAUAGUCAUGAUGGAGAUCGUGAAGAUAAUGAUGAAUCACAAAUGGAUAUAACUGGAGGCAGUAUUAAAUCAUCAGUACUUGAAUUAGAUGAGAUUAAGACUUUGGAACCACCUAGAAUUAAUCAAGCUAUUGAGGUAACGAAUAGUCCAACUGGAGAUAUUUCGACAAAUGAAACUGAUGCCUUGGCAAAUUCAUCUAAUAUUGCCCCACCUGAAGAAAUCACAUUACCUAUUGUUCAACCAACCACCCAAACCUCAUUAAUUGACGAAAUGGUUAAAUCUAUUCAGAAUGGAGUGAAUGCAAAGUCAUAUGAAGAUUUAUUCUCAGCUGAGAAUGAUGAAGAAAAACCACCAGUUGAUUUUAUUUCCAUUUGGCAUACUCAAGAAAGGAAAAAGAGACAUACUAGUUUACGAUUAACUCAAAGUGCUGAAGAAUUGAAAACUAUCACCAAUAAUGCUCCUGUUGUAAAUACCAAUGACAAUGCGUAUAUCAGUAACAGAAUCAAACUUCCAAGUUAUAUGAAACCAACCAAGAAAUUCAAAGAAGUUAACGUAAUGUCAAGAAGAGUAGUUAGUCCAGGAUAUGAAGACUUAUCCAAUGUUUCCCAUUUCUUGCCUGAAUUAUCUGAUGAUUCCGGAUUUGAAAAUAUGAAUUUCUAUGCUACGAAUAUUGGAACCCGUUCACAAGAUUUCUUAACCAAUAUCGACAAUGAUCCAAAUAUUCUCGAACCACCUCCUCAACAACCAUCACAACCACUAAUCAAGACUAAUCGAGCAAUUCGAACCGCUCAGAAAUUAGCAGCAUCCCAGAGUUUGAAUCCAACCUCAAUAACACCACCAACUACCCUAAAACCAAGACCACCUCCAAUAUCCACCACCAACCCAUUCAGAUCAAGAUUCAGAGUCCCCACAUUUGAAAUCAAAAGAACUGGUUCUAUAUUAUCACCAAAAGAUCAAUAUUAUCAAGAAUUAUAUUCCGACAUUUCCGGUAUCGGAGCACCUUCACCUACAAUCAAAGCACCAGGAAUGAAGACAUUACCAAGCAUGGACAGGGACGAUGUUAAGAAGAUCUUAAGCACCAAAAGAGUGAUCACCCAGGAAGAAUACACCAAGGUGAAACUUGUGAAUCAACCACUAGAACAAAGGAAUUCGAUCGUGGAGGAACCACCUGUGGGGAAGUUUGAGAAUAUUCUGAGGGUGGCUAGUAUUUAUGAAAUGAAUGACGAUACGAGAGCCGAUGAAGAAGAAGAAGGUGAUGGCGAGAUGCCUUAUUUUGUUGAUGAGUUGAAGAAAUCGCCUAUUCCCUUAUUAUCCCAAGAACAAUUAUUUCCGGAAAGGAGAGUAGAUUCAGUAGUGGUGCAUAAGAAGGAAGAAAUGACUCCUUCUCCAGUAGUUUCGGAAUUUGAUAGCGAUGUAACCAUAGCUGCGAAACGUAAUAAUCCGUUCAGGGUGACUAAAAUAAAUACUCCUGAGAUUGUUCAAGAAGCUAAUACUUCAAGAUCAAUUUCGCCAACUAAGAAAGCUCCAAUUAAGAUUGGAACUCCUGUGAAAUUGAAGAAACAUAAUGGGUUUGUUACUGGUAUUGAGCUUGAGAAAACUUUUAGUAGAACUGGAAGUGAUUUUAAUGGUGAUGAACUCAUAAAUGGAAAAUUAAGAAAUAAUCAAUCCAAAGUCAACCAAGCCAAUGAUCUGCUAGUAGCAGCACCACCUGCACCACAUCAACCAUCUGCAAUCAGUGAUAAUAGUGGUGUUACCGCUGUUACUGAAACUGAACCAAAUGUCGACUUGACCAAGAUUGCAUCCACCGAACCUAGAUCCGCCCCACCUCCACCACCACUCGAAAGAGGAAGAUUAUUCUUCAGGUUAGUAGGAGUGAAGAAUAUCAAUUUACCCGAUCUAACUUCCACUCAAAUAAAUGCCACAUUUUCAAUCAUAUUAGAUAAUGGAGUUCAUUGUAUCCAAACCCCAGAAUAUGGAUUAAAUUCCACCCAAGUCUCAAUCGGAAAAGAAUUCGAAUUAAUCGUCGGAGGAUCCUCAUUAGAAUUCAUAAUCACCAUGAAAUCAAACUAUGAACCCAAACCAAGAACAAAACUAGUUGAAGUCACCGAACAAAAACUCCUCAAACCCAAGAAGAGAUUAUCUCGUCUCUUUGGCACCAAAGAACUCGUCACUACCACCAAAGUCGUCCCACAAGAAGUUCGAGACCCUUGGAGAAAUAAAUUCGCCCCCGAUGGGUCAUUUGCAAGGUGUUAUAUCGAUUUAUCUCAAUAUGAACCAAAAAUCACCGGUCGGGCACAAUAUUUUGAUUUGAAUUGUUUUAAUGAAUGGGAAACCUCGGUGGAUUCGAAAUAUCCCGACAAAACCUUUAAAGUGAAACCAUACCGUAUUGCACAAUUAGAAGUUGAGAUGUUGUUUAUUCCAAGAACUGAAAGGAUGGAAGUCUUGCCUAUGUCGAUCAAAACCGCUUAUGAGAGUGUGAAUGAACUAAAAGUGGAAUUGAAUACUGAGUAUGAAGGGUUUUUGUAUCAAGAAGGAGGAGAUUGUGAGAUUUGGAAAAGACGGUGGUUUAGAUUACAGAAUGGAACUGAAUUGAUUGCGCAUAGUGAAUAUUCAAGAAAGACUAGGGCCAAAAUUAAUUUGAAUAAGAUUGUCGAUGUUAUUUAUGUAGAUAAAGAGAAUAUGAAUGAUGGGGGUUCAAAGAAGAAUUAUCGUGAUUUUAGUGAUGUUUUGUUAUUGGAUCAUGCGUUUAAGAUUGUGUUUGCCAAUGGAGAGAUUAUUGAUUUUGGUGCUCCUAAUAAGGAAGAAAAGAGGAAUUGGGUUGAGAUUUUGGAACUGAUUGUGUAUAGAAAUUAUUUCCGGAGACAGCCUUGGGUCCAAUUGAUGGUGGAAGCUAAUGGUGUCAAGAAGAGUAUGGUUUAA